UUUUUAAUUUGACAUUGGCAACACUGACACGUUCUUUUUCUCCUGUAAAGUGCGGAGACACGUGCGUCUAUACGCCGAAAUCUCAAAAAUAAUUAAAAAUGAGUGAAGGUACAGCGACUAUUCGCACGCGCAAAUUCAUGACCAACAGAUUGUUGGCGCGCAAGCAAAUGGUGUGCGAUGUUCUGCACCCGGGCAAGCCGACCGUCAGCAAGACCGAGAUCAGGGAGAAGCUGGCCAAGAUGUACAAGGUGACGCCUGACGUUGUGUUCGUGUUCGGUUUCAAAACCAACUUUGGUGGUGGCAAAUCGACCGGAUUCGCGCUCAUCUACGACACCCUGGACUUGGCUAAGAAGUUCGAGCCCAAGCACAGGCUGGCACGCCACGGCUUGUACGAGAAGAAGAGGCCCACACGCAAACAGCGCAAGGAACGCAAGAACAGAAUGAAGAAGGUGCGCGGUACAAAGAAAUCCAAAGUAGGCGCGGCCUCCAAGAAGUGAUGUGAUGGUUAGGACUGUAAGUAAAUAAAAAUACAAAAAAAUA